AUGCUGGACAAGCUGUCCGGCACUUACGCUUCGCGCCCCAGCACCGGUCCUCACAAGCUCCGUGAAGCGCUCCCUCUCGUGGUUCUCUUGCGCAACCGCUUGAAGUACGCGCUGACUGGCCGUGAGGUCAUGCUGAUUACCAUGCAGCGCAUCGUCAAGGUCGACAACAAGAUCCGCACCGACCCUACUUUCCCUACUGGUUUUAUGGACGUCGUCACCCUUGAGCGCUCUGGCGAGCACUUCCGUAUCCUCUACGAUGUCAAGGGCCGCUUUAUUGUGCACCGCAUCUCUGAGGAUGAGGCCAGCUACAAGCUCCUCAAGGUCAAGCGUGUUCAGCUUGGCGCCAGGGGUGUGCCGCACAUUGUGACCCACGAUGGCCGCACUCUGCGUUACCCUGACCCUUUGAUCCGCGUCAACGACACUGUCAAGUUCGACGUUGUGAACAACAAGAUGCUUGAUUUUGUCAAGUUUGAUGUCGGCGCGCAGGCGAUGGUCACCGGUGGCCGUAACAUGGGACGUGCUGGUCAAAUCAUUAACCUCGAGCGUCACCACGGUGGCUUUGACAUUGUCCAUGUCCGUGACGCCGCCGGCCGUGAGUUCUCCACGCGUCUCAACAACAUUUUCGUCAUUGGCGACCAUGAAAAGCGCUGGAUCUCCAUGCCCCGUGGCGGUGGUGUCAAGCUCUCUAUUACUGAGGAGCGUGACCUGCGCCUGAAGAAGGCUGCUCAAUAA